AUGAAGAGAGAAAAGCUUGAUAGUCAAUUUGCCAAGUUUUUGGAUAUUUUAAAACAAAUUCACAUUAAUAUUCCUUUUCGAUGCUUUAUUACAAAUGCCUUCAUAUGCCAAGUUUCUCAAAGAAAUUUUGUCAAGCAAAAGAAAACUCGGAAGAAGCUUCUCGGUAGUACUUCCGAAAAAUGUAGUGCUAUACUUCAAAACAAACUACCACAAAGCUCGGGGGAUCCAGGUAGUUUUACAAUUCCAUGCACUUUGGGAGGAGUAUAUUUUGAAAAAGCACUUUGUGAUUCUAGGGCUUCAAUAAAUCUAAUGUCGUUUUCUAUUUUUAGAAAAUUGGAUCUUGGUGAAAUAAAAAACACAAGUGUUUCUCUUCAGUUUGCAGAUCAAAUUACUAAAAAACCUAAGGGAAUAAUUGAAAACAUUCUUAUAAGAGUUGAUAAGUUCACUUUCCCUGUGUGUUUUAUAGUACUUGAAAUGCAGGAAUGUCCUGAUGAACCGAUAAUUUUGGGUAGACCAUUUCUUUCUCCAGGAAGAGCAAUUAUAGAUGUCCAUCAAGGAAAAUUAACUUUAAGAGUAGAUGAAGAAAGAGCCAUUUUUGAUAUGCAAAAAAUGCUAAGAUUAUCAGGAGGUGAGACAUCAUCCCCAUGUUUUUCAAUUGACGUGAUUAGUGAUCUUGCAGAUGAAUUCAAAGAUGAUAAAUUGAUUCUAGAUUCUAUGGAAAGAUACUUGUCCAAAUCUAGCACCUCACAAGAUAAUGAUCCCACCAUCAGGAGCGAAGCUGAAAUAUUGGAAAAACAUUAUAAGGAUGAGGAGAUACAAUCGGAAGAAGUUCAACCAAAAAUUGAAGGAGAUACAAUCGGAAGAAGUUCAACCAAAAAUUGA